AUGGGUAGGCUGGACAGGUCUGCAGCAGUCCUUGCUCUUCGCGAUACCAAACGUUUGAUGUAUGAGACCUUGAUGAAGGAGAACCGCAGGCUCUCUGUCGCCGAAGCUUGUGGAGGCGAUGUCGAGAAGGAGAAGUUCUUCCGUCGUUCGUGGUGUGUGAUGCUGGCGCAUGUCAGAACAACCCACUUUCCUGAAGCUGACGUCCGCCGCAUCGUUGGGAAGAACGUUCGAGACUUGCUUGGACACUGCCGGGACGCGGGUGCGUUCGUAAGUGAGGCCGCGCAGAGAAUUCUAGUCAACUAUGGACGAGGGAGCCUCCCUUUUGUGCAGCGGCUGAUUGCAGAAGACGUGCCUGGCCUGAUGGAAGACUUACUCUCCGAGUCCACCGACAGCAGCGACGAGACCUUUCGAAGGGCAGUGCAGUGCGCGGUGCAUCUGAAUGGUAUCGUGCGCUCACUUGACACGCUGGAGCGGAAGCAGUGGGUGUCCCUCUUGGUCAGAAUCCUGCACCAUCGGCCCAAUCUCACGUGGCAAAAGGGUAUCAUCGAAAAGCUGAAGAUCCUCUGGCAGGUUGACGCCGAUCCCUGGCGAACCUUUGCAGAAGCAGAGGAGCAGCUGCGAGACUUCAAGAAGACUGCCAGCUUAGAUGUGCAGCAAGAGAUAUUCGACCUCCUUGCCAUCUGCUGA